AUGACUGAACUAACUGAAUUUUCUGAGUGCGACUCUGCUCCCGGAGACUUUUCUUUGCCUGCACCAGUGGACGUUGCUCUGUGGACACAGUCAGUGUCAGGGACUCCCUACACUGGAAGCGAUCUCUUUUCCUUUGGCCAAGAAGACCUUUCCAGCAUGGCCCGGAACUUCCUUCAGUUCCCCAAGGAUGAUGAAGCAUCAAUCUCGUCCUCCAUGGAUGACAGCGCGUACAUGAGCCAGCCUGACACUGGCAGACGCGGCAAGAACGAGAACUACCACAUGCCCCAGGACACCAGGAGCCAGAUCAUGGAGCCCAUGGUCGGAUCGCACAUCUACUCACCAACUCUGAGCGUGCAGAGCCACGGAACAUUCAACGGAUCUCAGCCUGAUAUGAGCAACAUCAUGCUGCCUCCCACUGCCGGAUCGGAUAACGGAGAUGGUCAUUUCAAGAUGUCCGACUUCACUAACUUCCACAACGCACAGGUCGCAUCGCCGACCGACUUCACCUUCAGGGCACCCAUGCACACCACCUCUUGGGGCAGCGAGUCCCAGAGCUACAGCGCACCAUUUGUGUCUGGCUCCAUUGAUGCCCCUUCUUCCUUCAUGCAGCGCCAGAACGGCUAUCCCAGCCGUACCGUCUCGCAGCCCUACUUCGCUCAGUACGCGACGUACGGCAUCGACAGCAUGAUCAGCAACACCCAGAGCAUGCCUGAGCAGAGGAGGGUACAAUCUCCGUUCGACCGUGUCCGUGCUACGGCAAGGCCGGCUGACGUGCAGCGUCCUACUCUGCAGCACUCCGACUCGAGGCCUCGCUUCGAGGGUUCUGACAUCCUUUCUCCUGCCUCCACCGUCAUGACUUCGCAGUUCCCCGUGUUCAACGGCGGUUCUGAGUACGGCGAGGAGCCGAGCUUCAUGUCCAUGGCUGGAUCCGAGACCAUGGAGUCGGCGACCAUCCAACCGUCCGCCAUGAGCAACACUGACAUGGAUGACGAGGAGGCCGAGCAGGAUGCCGCUCGCAAGUCCAGCGAGGAGGCCGAGGUCAAGCUGGCUCGCACUCACCCGCUCUACCAGGCACAGCCACAGGCGGACGAGAUGUACCACUGCCCGUUCGAGGGUCAGGCCAACUGCCAGCACAGGUCCACCAAGCUCAAGUGCAACUACGACAAGUACGUUGACUCGCACUUGAAGCCCUUCCGCUGCAAGAACGCGAACUGCGUCAACGUCGAGUUCUCCUCGACUGCAUGCCUCCUCCGCCACGAGCGCGAGGCUCACGGCAUGCACGGACACGGCUCCAAGCCCCAUCUCUGCGCCUACCCCGACUGCGAGCGUUCGAUCCCUGGCAACGGCUUCCCGCGUCGCUACAACUUGUACGACCACAUGAAGCGCGUCCACGACUACACCAGCCCUGCUUCCCACACUGAGCCCAGCUCUCCUCACAGCCAGUCUGCCAAGCGGUCCACCAGCCGCAAGCGCAAGGCCAACGGCGCCAUGGAGCAGCCCGAGAAGCGCCAGAGGACUGCUGCGCAGAUCAAGCAGGCCAACACUGCUCGCCAGCGGGACCAGGAGAAGGAGCGCCUCCGCCAGGCGUGGGCUGAGCGCAUGGCUAUGCUGCAGCAACGGCUCAACACUCUCAACGAGCCCAAGGACGCUGAGGGUCACCAGCAGAUCAUUGAGGAUGCCACGGCACUUCAGAAGAUCGUUGCCCAGCUCACCGAGAUGGGCUGA